GGUGCGUGCGAGGGAGAAGAUGGCGGCGGCGGGGGCGGCGGCGUGAGGGGCCGGGACCGCCGAGCUCCGCGGGGGACGCGGGGCCGCCAUGGCCCUGCACGGCGCGCAGUAUAUUUUUGGGGAAUUCAGCCCUGAUGAAUUUAAUCAGUUCUUUGUGACUCCACGAUGCUCUGUUGAGCUCCCCCCAUACAAUGAAACAGUUUCAUGUGGUAUUAAAUCCACAGGGGAAGAGUAUCAGAGAAUUGAAUUUGGUGUUAACGAAGUCAUUGAGACGCAAUCAUCUGUCCUAAAUAACACCGACUACAGUAUUUCGAGUACUCUGAAUCCUCAGGCUCCAGAAUUCAUCCUCAGUUGUGCACCUGCUCAGAAACCCCCCGACGAUGCUCUCAGUGAAACCAACUACAACUCCAUCGACUGCCAGUUCAGCGAUCCCGGCCUGGCUUUGGACAGCGGCUCCAACGCGGAAAACGACGCCUUGUCCGGAGGCCUCGGGCAGAGGGAGCGCAAAAAGAAGAAGAAAAGACCCCCUGGCUAUUACAGUUACCUGGAAGAUGUCAGCGAUGGCCUGGCCCCCCCGGAGGCGCUGGUGAACGGCCACGCCAACUCCUCGGGACUGCCCACGGAGGACACGGAGCUGGCAGGAGACAUCCCCUCCCUGGCCACGCCAAGGACUUGCAACAGCCCGGACAACUCCGUGGACUUCGUGCCUGGAGCUGUCCCUGCUGGGGCCGUUCCCAGCGCUCUGGACAAUGCCAGGACUGCCGGGCAGCCCGAGGUAUGCCGAGUUCCUAAUUCUGAACAGUUUUGCCUCCCCUCAGAGGCCGUCAGAGAUAGCCCCCUAAGGACAGCUGGUGUACAGUCUUAUGCUGGUACUGAUACUACUGAAAGUCUUGGCGUUACUAAUGGACAAACACUUGAAUCCUCUGGUGAGGACACAGCUGCCAAUGGGGUAGAAUUGCACACUGUGGAAAGCACUGACUCAGACCAAGCUAAGCCUGAGGAAGCUUCACCUACUACUGAGGCAACGGUCCCGGUUGCAGGAUCAGUCCCCGUUAAUCAGCCUGCAAAAUCGUGGGCUAGUCUUUUUCACAAUUCCAAGCCCUCUGCUUCCACAUCUGUGGUCUAUGUUGAGACUAAGUAUACCCCUCCUGCCACAUCUCCUCUGGUCCCUGAAAAACAGGUUGAAGUCAAAGAGGGACCUGUUCCAGUUUCAGAGGAUCCUGUAGCCAUAAAGAUUGCAGAAAUACUGGAAAGUGUAAGGCUAAUACAUAAACCAGUGUCUUUGCAACCCCGAGGGCUGAUCAACAAAGGAAACUGGUGCUACAUCAAUGCUACCCUGCAGGCCUUGGUUGCUUGCCCUCCAAUGUAUCAUUUAAUGAAGUCCAUUCCAAUGUAUUCCAAAUCGCAGAGGCCGUGUACCUCAACUCCAAUGCUAGACAGUUUUGUUCGUUUAAUGAAUGAGUUCACUAAUAUGCCUGUACCUCCUAAAGCAAAGCAAGCUUUGGGUGAUAAAAUAGUGAGAGACAUCCGACCAGGAGCUGCCUUUGAACCGACCUACAUUUAUAGACUCUUGACGGUUAUAAAGUCGAGUCUGUCAGAAAAGGGCAGGCAAGAGGAUGCUGAAGAAUACUUGGGAUUUAUCCUCAAUGGACUACAUGAAGAAAUGCUGACCCUCAAGAAACUUCUCUCUCCACAUAAUGAAAAACUGUCGGUGUCCAACGGCCCCGAGGCUCAGGCUGUUCCCGAGGAAGAGGAGCAGGAGGAACAAGGGGAAGGCAGUGAGGACGAGUGGGAGCAAGUGGGACCUCGCAACAAGUCCUCAGUCACUCGCCAGGCUGACUUUGUGCAGACUCCAAUCACUGAUAUCUUUGGUGGUCACAUAAGAUCUGUUGUUUACCAGCAGAGUUCCAAGGAGUCUGCUACACUGCAACCUUUCUUCACCCUGCAGCUGGACAUCCAGUCAGACAAGAUCCGCACAGUGCAGGAUGCCUUGGAAAGUUUGGUGGCCAGAGAGUCUGUCCAGGGAUACACCACAAAAACCAAGCAGGAGGUGGAGAUCAGCAGAAGAGUCACACUGGAAGAGCUGCCCCCUGUUCUUGUCCUGCACCUCAAGCGGUUUGUGUACGAGAAAACUGGGGGGUGUCAGAAGCUUAUCAAGAAUAUUGAGUAUCCUGUUGAUCUGGAAAUUAGUAAAGAGCUACUAUCUCCUGGUGUGAAAAGUAAAAUUUUUAAAGGCCAAAGAACCUACCGGCUCUUUGCAGUUGUGUAUCACCACGGGAACAGCGCCACGGGCGGCCACUACACCACGGACGUCUUCCAAAUCGGGCUCAACGGCUGGUUGCGCAUCGACGACCAGGCCGUGAAGGUGAUCCAUCAGUACCAGGUGGUGAAGCCGACUGCGGAACGCACAGCCUACCUCCUGUACUACCGCCGCGUGGACCUGCUGUGACCCUGCCUGCAGCACCCUGCUCUCUAGGACGCCAACUAUCACUAAUUUCCUCUCCUCUAAAUGCUCUUCUGAGUGAAUCUAUUUUUUCUUAUUUUUUUUUUUCCUUUCUUUUCUUUUUUUCUUUUCCUUUUUUCUUUUCCUUUUUUCUUUCCUUUUUUCUUUUCCUUUUUUUCUUUUCCUUUUUUCUUUUCCUUUUUCUUUCCUUUUUUCUUUUCCUUUUUCUUUUCCUUUUUUCUUUUCCUUUUUUUAUUUCCUUUUUUCUUUUCCUUUUUUCUUUUCCUUUUUUCUUUUCCUUUUUUCUUUUCCUUUUUUCUUUUCCUUUUUUCUUUUCCUUUUUUCUUUUCCUUUUUUCUUUUCCUUUUUUCUUUUCCUUUUUUCUUUUCCUUUUUUUCUUUUCCUUUUUUCUUUUCCUUUUUUCUUUUCCUUUUUUCUUUUCCUUUCCUUCUUUCCUUUUUUCUUUUUCUUUCCUUCUUUCCUUUUUUCUUUCCUUUUUUCUUUCCUUUUUUCUUUCCUUUUUUUUUUCCUUUUUUCUUUUCCUUUUUCUUUUCCUUUUUUCUUUUCCUUUUUUCUUUUCCUUUUUUCUUUUCCUUUUUUCUUUUCAUUUUUUCUUUUCCUUUCUUUUUUUUUUAAUUAUUUCACUCCUGUUUUUUUCCCCACCCCGCCUCGCAACUGUAAGAGUGAUAAAGGAAACGACCGCGGGUUUGUGCGCGACGUAGCUUGUGUUGACUUUUUUUUGCCAGAAUGAAGUCGCUUGGUUGGAAGACUCGAGUCUCGUGAAUCACACAAAAAAAAAAAUAAAUACAAAACAAAAAUCAAUCUGAGUUCAUGCUGAAUCCUAAGAUAAUAAAGGGAUUGACAUUUAAUUCCCACUUUCUAAAUGCAUAGUAGAAGAAAACCCUGCACCAGCAACAGAACUUGUAGAUUUCUGUGAAAAUGUUUUAUCUUUACUUCAGUAAAAAAAAAAAAAAAAUUAAAAAAAAUUUAAAAAAAAAUAUAAAAAUAAAAAAGCUCUCUCUGCUUUCCCCAAUAGUUUUUUGAUAAGUGGUAAAAUAUGAGCCGAUGUGUAUGAGAUGGAAAUGGUCCUUUGUGCUUCAAAACAUGUACAAACUGCAGAGUUGCUGGUUCCUGAUAAGAAGACACAUUUUAAUAAUUGUGCGAUGAGAAACUGCUUAAGUACACAUUGCAGAUCAAAUAUUUGGAGUUAAGAUGUUAGUCUAUAUAGAUGGGUGAUUGUAACUUUAUUGCUAUUAAGAAAUUUCAAACUGCAUUUAUGCUUCUGUGUACAUGAAAUUAAGAAAAUGGGCAAAAUAAUUAAGAUUGAUAUUUCUUUAAGUCUGCUUUGUUUAAUUUUGCUGUCUGCUCUCCUAUAAUGUUGAGUUCCUAAUUGUACACAGUUUAGUGAUAUCUAGAAGUAUAAAGUUGUCGCCCAUCAAUAAAAGUCACAAAGUUGGUUUAA